CAAGCUAUCUGGCUAAAAGGAGUAGUGUCGUGGGACUUCUUUUUUUCAUUGUUUUUUCUUUCUUGCUUAGUAAAGAAGAAAACAUGGGUGCUCCAGAUCUUCCUUCGAGGCCGGCAUUACUCAUCAGAAUCUUUCUCUUCACCUUCAUAACCAUGGCAGCUCUUCCCAUGCAUGCAUUUGCAGGCACAACCAGGCAUUAUAACUUUCACAUCAAGCUGAAAAAUGUGACAAGACUUUGCCACACAAAGAGCAUUGUGACAGUAAAUGGCCAAUUUCCAGGGCCUCGCAUUGUGGCCAGGGAGGGCGAUCGCCUUCUCAUUAAUGUGGUCAACCAUAUUCAAAACAACAUUUCCAUUCACUGGCAUGGAAUUAGACAACUUCGAACAGGUUGGGCUGAUGGGCCUGCAUAUGUGACCCAAUGCCCCAUCCAAACAGGGCAGAGCUAUGUGUAUAACUUCACCAUUGUAGGUCAGAGAGGCACACUGUUUUGGCAUGCACACAUAUCAUGGUUGAGAGCCACUGUUUAUGGCCCCUUAGUCAUUCUUCCCAAGCGAGGCAUUCCUUAUCCAUUUACUAAGCCUUACAAAGAAGUUCCCAUCAUCUUUGGAGAGUGGUGGAAUGCAGAUCCUGAAGCAGUCAUUAACCAGGCCUUGCAAACUGGUGGAGGCCCAAAUGUAUCUGAUGCCUAUACCAUCAAUGGGCUCCCAGGCCCAUUAUACAACUGCUCUGCGAAAGACACAUUCAAGUUAAGGGUGAAGCCAGGGAAGACUUACCUUAUUCGGUUAAUCAAUGCAGCUCUAAAUGAUGAACUCUUUUUCAGUAUAGCAAAUCACACUCUCAAAGUGGUUGAAGCCGAUGCUGUGUAUGUUAAACCAUUUGACACAAACACCAUCCUCAUAGCCCCAGGACAAACCACAAACCUUCUUUUAAAGACCAAAUCCCAGAUCCCAAAUGCCACAUUUUUGAUGUCUGCUAGACCAUACGUGACAGGACUUGGCACAUUUGAUAAUUCUUCUGUUGCAGGAAUCUUAGAAUAUGAAUCCAGUGCUUCCAAUUCUCCUCAUUCAAAUCCUCUCUCGGUGAAGAAACUUCAACUCUUCAAACCAAACUUACCUGCUCUUAAUGAUACUUCUUUUGCAACUAAGUUUGCAAACAAACUUCGUAGCUUGGCUAACACUCAAUUCCCAGCUAAUGUCCCCCAAAAGGUUGACAAACAUUUUUUCUUCACAAUAGGACUAGGAACCAACCCAUGUCAGCAUAACAAUACUUGCCAAGGACCUACUAAUAAGACAAUGUUUGCAGCUUCAAUAAAUAACAUUUCCUUUGCCCUCUCGAACAUUGCCCUCCUUCAAGCCCACUUCUCUGGCCAAUCAAAUAGAGUUUUCACUACUGGCUUUCCAACUAAACCUAUAGUUCCAUUUAACUAUACAGGUUCUCCACCAAACAAUACAAUGGUCAGCAAUGGAACAAAGCUUGUGCUUCUUCCAUUCAACACGAGUGUGGAACUUGUCAUGCAAGACACAAGCAUUCUGGGUGCAGAAAGUCAUCCUGUGCAUCUACAUGGAUUUAAUUUCUUCAUCGUCGGCCGAGGGUUUGGCAAUUUCAACCCCAACAAGGAUCCUGCAAAAUUUAAUUUAAUCGACCCUGUUGAAAGAAAUACUGUGGGUGUGCCUUCCGGCGGGUGGGUUGCCAUUCGAUUUUUAGCAGAUAACCCAGGUGUAUGGUUCAUGCAUUGUCAUCUAGAGAUUCACACAAGUUGGGGCUUGAGGAUGGCUUGGGCUGUCCUAGAUGGGAAGUUGCCCAAUCAAAAGUUGCUUCCCCCACCUGCAGAUCUUCCCAAAUGUUGAUAUGACAAUUCUACUUAAAAUUGUUCUUUUGAAGAAGAACAAAAAAGCUAUAAACACAAUAAGCAAUUUUGUGUUAUUUUAAUUUAUACUUUGCAUUAAUUUUUUUAGAGGUAUUGGGUAUUGGAAGAGUUCAAUAACUGUGGCCUUGAAUUAAGUCGGCAUGAAAGAAAUAGUGAGAAAGUUUGACUCUUUAUUGUUUUUUUUAGUUUGCAAUAAAACAACUUAAACAUUUGAGUUUAUUUCACUUGUAAAUUAUACUGCGUUUCUUGGCAUAACUUUCUCGAUCAUAAAUCUAAGAGUUGAAAAAUGACAACACCCAAAUCAAGAA